UGGCUAAGCGUGGGCCGAUUAAUUGCGACGCAAUCGCUUUUACUUCUCGCGGCCCGGUGGACUGCCAGUAGUCUACUGGCGGCCGUGUGAUCGACCGUGCGCGUUCGCCUAACCACGUACCCGCUUCUUUCUCGAGUUCGCCGCCUCCGCUGACCGCUGCCACCGUUCAGGUCGACGACGUAGCUUCUGCUAUUCGACCACCGUCUCAUCAAGGUUCUAUCUGACCUCUCGAGCUUCCGUUUGUACGAGGGGACCGCUAUUGGCCAUCAUCGAGCUCGAUCGGUGAUCUACUUUUUACCCGUCUACCAGUCGUCGGUCCAAUCAAAUCCCUGACACCCACUUCGGUCAGAACCAUAAUCUCGUCGUCGCAGUGUCUUCCAGCAAGCGUCAUACUGCUUUGCAUCAUCCCCCGUGGUCGGGAAAGGACUCUCAGAACACGCAAGGCCGACCACCAGCUUGGAACCACGAUCGCCGAUCCGCGCGAACGACUGAUCCAUAGCCAGCGUCCGAUUCCGCCUCCGUUCCGUACCUCCCCACUAUCCACCGGAAGUGCAGUCGACCAAUCCGCGAAUCGAACAGCCGCGGCUCGUCCGUGCACCUUUGGCGAUCGUAUAAAAGCCUCCUGCGACAGACAUGACGGCAAGAUUCGUUCCGUUUCGUUGGCCAAGUCUGGCCAACGCUGUGCAUCGACACCAGAGGCGAUUCUCUUUGCUGGUCGGGCCGAACGGGGGACCAAACGCGACCAUCAAGUUCCCACGUACUGUUAAUUCGGCGGAUGUAUUCCAAGUUGGUCGACGAAAGGCAGGGAUCGCGAUUCUGAGCCAUCAAACGACGUUCGAGAUGCCUCACGCAAUAGACGUUCAUUAUCCGCGAAUGUCCAGGUUACUGACGACUCAUACAGCAAAGAGUCCAUCCAUCGGUAAUCAGUAUGAUUAUAUAGGCAAAACACCUUUACUGAACACGAUCACGGAACCAUUGGCCCCGAAACUUCGAUCGUACAUCGAGGAAUGCGCGUCUCUUUGCUGCCCUAAGGACAUCUACAUCUGCGAUGGAAGCGAAGUCGAGUACAAUUAUCUGCUGAAACUCCUUGAAAAGAGCGGCACCAUCUUGCCCUUGCCAAAAUUCGAGAAUUGUUGGCUGGCUAGAACAAAUCCAGCGGACGUAGCCCGCGUGGAGAAGCGUACGUUCAUCAGCACAGACAUCAAACACGACACGAUCUCCACGCCUCGCGAUGGCGUCACUGGAGAACUGGGUAACUGGAUCUCUCCACCGGAGAUGGACAAAGCCAUCCUAGAACGUUUCCCAGGAUGCAUGAAAAAUCGCACGAUGUACGUGAUACCGUUCAGCAUGGGUCCGGUGGGCUCUCCGCUCUCGAAGAUCGGAAUAGAGAUCACGGACUCCGCGUACGUCGUCUGUUCCAUGAAAAUAAUGACCAGAAUGGGGAAGAAGGUCCUCGAGACUCUUGGGAACGACGACUUCGUCAAGUGUCUGCACGCUCUUGGCGCUCCAAAGUUGGACUCGAAGAUCGAGGCGAUCUCUUCGUGGCCCUGUGACCCGGAGAGAACGAUCAUACUUCACAGACCGGCCAAAAAUGAAAUAGUCUCUUACGGGAGCGGUUAUGGCGGGAACUCUCUGCUGGGUAAAAAAUGCUUCGCUCUGAGGAUCGGCUCGACGAUCGCUAGACAGGAGGGUUGGCUCGCCGAGCACAUGCUCAUACUGGGUAUCACGAAUCAGAAAGGUAAAAAGCGUUACAUCGCCGCCGCGUUCCCGAGUGCCUGCGGGAAGACGAACCUGGCCAUGAUGCAGCCUACGUUGCCCGGUUACAAGAUCGAGUGCGUGGGCGACGACAUCGCUUGGAUGAGGUUCGACCAGGAGGGCAGGCUUCGCGCCAUCAACCCUGAGAACGGAUUCUUCGGUGUUGCCCCGGGUACCAGCAACGCCACGAACCCGAACGCCAUGAGGACCAUCUUCAAGAACACGAUUUUCACCAACGUCGCGGCCACCAGCGACGGCGGGGUCUUCUGGGAGGGAAUGGAGAAAGAAAUCAGCGAGGACGUAGAGGUCACCGAUUGGCGAAGCAACAAGUGGACCAGGGGAUCCAAGACGCCUGCCGCGCAUCCGAAUUCUAGAUUCUGUACACCUGCUAAGCAGUGUCCUAUCAUCGAUCCUGCUUGGGAGGAUCCAGUCGGUGUUCCUAUUGACGCUAUCCUUUUCGGUGGACGAAGACCAGAGGGUGUUCCUUUGAUCUACGAAGCACGAAACUGGCAGCAUGGUGUCUUCAUCGGGGCUUCGAUGAGGUCUGAGGCAACUGCUGCUGCCGAGCAUCAGGGCAAAGUGAUCAUGAACGAUCCAUUCGCAAUGAGGCCUUUCUUCGGCUACAACUUCGGCCACUAUCUCGACCAUUGGCUGAGCAUGGCCAAAGUGGAGAACGCCAAGCUUCCAGCGAUAUUCCACGUGAACUGGUUCAGGAAAGACACGGACGGGAAGUUCCUCUGGCCAGGAUUCGGUGAGAACUCACGCGUCUUGGACUGGAUCCUCCGCAGGAUCGACGGCGAGGACAUCGCCGUGGACUCUCCCAUCGGUUUUCUGCCGAAAUUAAAUUCGUUUAACUUGAGCGGUAUGAAGGACGUGGACAUGGAAGAAUUGUUUAGAUUACCUAGAGACUUCUGGCAGAAGGAAGUGAAGGACCUCAGGGAAUACUUCGACGCGCAAGUCGGCGAUGAUUUACCGCAAGCUGUACGUUCCGAGAUCGAUCUUCUUGCUACUAAGAUCGAACGUCUUUAAACACGAGCGAAACGCUAUCGUUUUAAUUGCGUUAAAAUUAUCCUUGAACGCAUACAUAAUGUAUAUUGUAUUUAUAAUGCUUGAAGAGAUCGGUCCAAAUGGGUCCAAAGGAUUGAAGGUUGAUGCUUCAAAGCGAUACAAUAAUUUGAGUCUAUUUAAAAUUACAUGUACACUAGGAUAAUUAAUUCAAUUGUCAAUUAUCGUCCAUCUUGCUAUUGAAAUGUAAAUGUAGUAUUACGACGCUUUUCGCUCGAGCAUCAAACACCGUCUUUGUUCAUUGAAACAUGGAUUUGUUAACAUCGACGUUAUCGUUAUGAAAUUGUAAUUUUCCUUCAAAUUACCUGUUUUAUCGUUUUCAUCGUCGGGACGAAUGUUCAUGGCUGUCUGGGACAGACUCUUGUAAAAAGAUAAAAGGAAACAGUAUGCAAGCGUGACAGUGUGCAAAUGAAUGUUAAAUAAAACGGUUCACCGAUUGCGACGGAGAGACAUUAUUUUGGAUAAUAUUUUUCUGAAUAAAAUAUUGUAUAAUA